CCGAAGAAAGGCUUCUGUGGAAAUUUGUGGGACAUUUAGAAGGGAUCGUAUUAGAUUCGCUAGUUGAUAUAAAUUAUUCCUUCUCCUCAUUGGUAGUAAUUCCUAUGAGAUAGCAAUGUCAUCUGGCUGUUGUGGAACCAAAAAAACUAAAAUGAAUGGCAACGGGCAGGUGUGCUGCUACAACAGUUCCACCAAUCAUUCAUCUCAAUCGAACCAUGCAAGUGCCUCCAGCAAUGGCCGUGUCCGCAACGGCCUCAUUCCUGUGGCGUGCCCUGAGAUGUGCUUCUAUUGUUUUGAUGUCCUGCACAGCCAUCUGCACUCCCUGGACCCCCCUCCACUGCCUGACUUCACCAAUGAUCCAUAUCCCCUGUUUGUGACGUGGACCUCUGGACGGGACCACAGAUUACGAGGCUGCAUGGGCACCUUCAGCCAUAUCAACUUGCACGCUGGCUUGAGAGAAUACGCUGCUACCAGUGCCUUCAAGGACUCGCGCUUCCAGCCCAUUGCCCCUGAAGAGCUGCCGCGGCUGUCGGUGUCCGUGUCGAUCCUGCGGGAGUUCGAGGAGGGGCGCGACUACCGCGACUGGGACAUCGGCACCCACGGCAUCAGGAUCGAGUUCUUCAACGAGAGAGGAGCCAAGCGCACAGCCACCUACCUGCCUGAAGUUGCGCCUGAGCAGGGCUGGGAUCACGACCGAACCAUCGACUCACUGCUGCGCAAGGGCGGCUACAAAGGCAGCGUCACGGCAGAGAUGCGUCGCAGCCUCAAGCUCACCAGAUAUCAGAGCGAAAAAAUAUCCAUCUCUUAUUCUGAGUACAUGAACUACUGGCGCAGUCGGCGCUGCUAGCAGUCACUGGAUGGGGAGGUGUGGGGACAAAACGAAAGCCUCCCCAAGGCCUCGCCUUGCAAGGCUGCCCCUGAGGACCAUUGGCCACAUAAAGUAGACCAGGCCUAUAGGCCUAAAGAAGAUGAUGCCACCUUGCUGACCCCAUUCCUUUUGGAAGACGUUCCUUACUGCAGCAGUUCUGUAGUGCCGCAUGCUUCAGGUAUUUUGGACCCUGACACGCAAGCCUUAGCUCAUUGGACUGGACCACCACCACCUGCUGCUGCUGCUCUCGCUUGGUCCUUGGCUUCGGGUACUUGCCCUCAAGUUGCUUGGACUCUCGCUUCAGGAUCUUGUCCUGCUACGGGUGUCGCACAAGCAGCGGGUGUCCCAGUUCUUUACACAUCAAUAAAUCCUUCAGAAUCUCUGCAGCCUCGUCCACUCGUCUUGCCUAACAGUGUUAGUGAAGUAUCUAGUGACACAACCAGACUAGGGCCACCGCAGGAUGUUAGUAUUGCCGUCCCUCUUUUUCCCGAUGAUCUUAGUGGCCCAUGGACAGCCAUUGAAGAUUCUAGUGAAGCGGGCUCUAAAAACGCGUCAACUGUCUUGCAAUUGCUUUCUUUGGGGCCUGCUGACGACAACACGUUGCCUUUGUCUGACAUUGGAAGAUCCAAUAAUGUCAAUCAUGUAAAUGUUUUACCGUGGCCAUCUGCUUUGACUUCAAACAGCUGCGGAAACUCCAGUGCUUUGGAGUCUUCUGGAGCAUCGAACAGUUAUGUCUCUGCUGACCCAUACAGCGCCAGCGCCAUCAGCUCUUUACACGGAGUUCCCUGUCAGAAACUCGCCGCGCAUGCCUUAGCUUCCUACGCUCCCAACGCCUUCUUGUCUGAGAUCCCAAACUGCGUCCGAGGCGACGGUGGUAUUGAUGUUGAACGGAACUGUGGCACAGCAGCUGAAAGUGAUCACUACGGGGGUGUGAACCUUGUGCCUGACCAUCAGUCUAGCGCCACUAGGGAAAUGAAUGGCAGCAGAAUCGACGGUGCCAUUCUUUCGUGCCGGCCGAUGUUGCUUCCUAGGGCUUCCAUUUCACCUCGGCACGAGGAAAUUUCCGAGGCUUCUUAUCUGCGCCAAUCAAAUCCUCAGCCUGACGUUUUUCAGCCUUAUUUCUGGUCAGGUUCUGCUCCCCACGUCAGUUUGCCCCACCGUCCAGGCCGGCCGGCCGCCCUCACCCCGUCCUUGUCAGAGACUUGCGUGCGUCUGCCGCCCCUGUCACCCCCGUGCGUGGGUUUCUUCCCGGCUCCCAGAGAACAGAGGCCUGUGUACUCCCAGGGACCAUCGCAAUCACUCCCCUACAAAGAUGGCACCACCUCUGCAUCUCAAUUACCCUCUAUACUCAGUGGCCCUGAGAAUAUAUUGCAGUCUUUGGCUGUUCCUCCUGUGUACUACGGCGCCACUGCCAUGCCCUCCACCACUGCUGGGGCUGGGGUGCAGUGGCAUGGUUACUGCAACGGUUUGCUGCUUGUCGGCAACUGCGAUGGAGCACCUGAUGCCGGCGGAAGUAGAGGCCUCGCGCACAAAGUCUUUCCAAACAAACUCCUCGCAAACCUCGUCUGCGGAUUUCUUCACUCUUGAUAAGAGCCAAAUUCUAGGGGACCAUCAACUGUAUGUGAGAGCUGAGCUUUGGUAUUUAGGUUUCAUAUUUUGUCCAAACUGUUUACCUUACUACCAUCAACAGAGUCACGGUUGUGCUUUUGAUUUAGCUAUUCAUGAAGAGUAUGAUACCGACUGCGGCGUGGAAGCUUAUUUCUCCAACUCAGGGAGGGGGCGAAUAAUCACAGAUUGAUUUCACGUAAUUUCUGAGUACACUGCUGUUAUCACUGAUGCCUUUAGGCAGGCGCCGUCGUCUAAUAUCUGAUGUUUUAGGAUAAAAAUUCUUACAUAACAAAUGGUAUUUAAUUUUGAUAUCUUAUUGUUCAAGGGAGGCUGUUGUGGUUAUGGACGACCUAGAAAACGGAAUUUGUGUUAUAAAGGGGGCAUGUUUAAUAGUCUCGCUGACCUUUCACAGUCUUACUGUUCGGUUAUGGUCUUACUGUUCGGUCAUAGUUUUUCUGAUCAUUUAGGUCCCGAUGGACAUUUAGAGUCGUUCGUAAUGCAGCAAAUAAAUUUGAGAUAUGGACGAUGUGGACAAGAGGUGCCUACGUUGCUACCACUUCAAAACUCACUGUGAUCUAAGCAGGUUUCGGGACAAUAUUGUUAAAAUUGUGAUAAUCUGUCAGUUGGUAGACUUGUUGGCGAUGUCUGCCGUGAAGCUCCAUGCUUCACAUUCGCAAAUCCAGAAGAUUCCUAGUUUUUCUUCGAUUUCGACACUUUCUAAUACGAGCAAAGCUAUGGCUCUAAAAGUGAAAAUUUACGUUUGUUGCUUCUAUUCUGUAAUCGUAAGUGAUUUUUUGGCCUUGUUAUUUCCUGAUAACCAAAUUAUUUCCAAAUUAUUUCCGUUUGCUCGAUGUGCCUUCGAGUUUAGCGCAUCAACUGUUCUGACUAAAUUCGAACCUGUCCUGCACACCUUAGUUUCAAUGCAAGGAGCAGCAUUGCGGAAAAGAUGACAGUAGUAAAGAGUGUAGGUAGAUUCUGCCUUAAUAUUGCCUCUUGGUUCUUCGGUGAGAGGAAUCAGUACAGCUUCCUGUGCGAGUGUAGAGCGCCAUUUUCUACAGUGUUACCUCCUGGAAAAACUUUGUUCGCGAUGAGGAAAAUAUCAAGAUAACAGAAUGAUUCAUUAAUAUAACACCAUAGAUAGCGGGAUGAACACUUUUCCCCAUUAGUGUCGGGUUGUUUUAGGACACUCCUAUUUAAUCGGAGAACGAUUUGUGAAAGGCGUAUGUAAAUACUUCCGCGUAAUCAGAAGUUCGAAAUUGGUUUAUGUAAUUGUGAAGAAAUGGAAACCUUUCAAGAUACAGUUGAAGAUGUCAGAUAGAAAUUGUUUGCCUGAUAGCUUAAUUAAACAAAGGAGAUUGUAAUUUGUAGCGGAUGUGCGCUGUGUGAUAGCCUUGCUGUUCAGUGGGGACUAACGCAAGUCAUGUAGCGGUAGCAGUGUAUAGAUUGUGCUGCGUUUUGAAGAGAGAGUUUGAUUCAGUGCGUGUUCGGUGAUUACAUGGUUAUUAUAUAACUAAGAUUGGUGAUAAUGAGAAAUGGUCUGUCUGCUCCUGGCCCGACUUCUUUCUGACAAGAAACAUGUUCUUCAUUACUAACAGGAAAUGUGUUUCCUUCAUAAUUACUAAGAUAAAACAUUUCAAACGUAAAACUACCCGCUUCUUAUUUUGUGGUGUUUAAUUGCGAGGGCCAAAUUUAAUUUCCUUCGGGCUCUCUGAAAUUAAAUGAACUUUAACUUAAGUAGUUACUAGUAUGUUGUAAAAUCCUUGCGCCUAUUUUCUGUUGUGAUACGAGUUGUUCUGCUACAGGUUGUCUUCGUGAACGUCUUUGACCUUUUUUUGUUCUCCGCAUUCGAACUUUUCAAAGGAUUGUUUUGUGUUACAAAUCAACAAAGAAAGAGAAUGACGAUCAAUGAUUAGUAUACGAAUAUCGUUAGAUCUUCGAACGCGAUGUGUAUCUUUCCUCAUUCAUUUAUGAUUAUUAAUGUAGUUCUGAACUGUAUAUUAUUUAACAUCACUAUUUAUCAAAAAUAUGAGUUAUUGGCGUGUAUCAUCCAAAUUAGACAAGGCGAUCAAUGGUCUCACCUCAAACAGUGAUUUUUAAUUAAUAUAAAAACUUUUUCAAAAUUGUUGAUUAUUUUAUGUUCGUUAAUUCACUAACUUAUCUUGGCACGAAAGAAGUGUACCCAAAAUAUCUGCGUGUUAAUAGUUCACUUUUUGAAUCGCGAGGACUGCUAACUUGGAUUUGGUGUGGCGUUCGUACGUCGAUCUCACCAUACGAAUAGAUUUAUAUGCAUAACUCGUAUGUUUCUGUGCUCGAAUGGAUGUUUGUCUUGUGUAUGAAUAUUUCCAUGUCUAUUGACUUUCAAACGGUAUGAUUUUUUUUGCAAGGAGUCUUUUUUCUUAUAUUUCUAAACGCGGACUAUGACGUUAGUUUGUAAGUUACUGCUUUCGGUUGUAUUACGUCUGAAUGAUUUCCCAACGAACAUUUUCCUAAUUACUUUAUUUUCAAAUCUUCGGGUCUCACGCAUGGUGAGUGAAGUAGGUUUUUGAACAGAAAUUUUUACUGGGAAGAAGAGCAUUAAUUUAACCUUCGUGUUUGCCCGCUUCAAUCAAACUUACCUUGAAAAUUUCUAUUUCCUUUAUACGUAUUGCUUUGUUCCACGCGGCAAUAAGGAGGAUGAGUUGACAAAUCCUAGACUGUGCUGCUAUCAAGACUGAUGAGGAAUGUACGAUCAAGCGUACUGGAGUCACAGGAGUCAAUGCUGUAGGGCUUGCCACUGACGAACCGCAUCAUCUGUGCAGUACAGUCGCUAUAAACCACUCAUAUCUGUGCAGUACAGUCGCUACAAACCACUCUCAUCUCUGCAGUACAGUCGCUAUAAACCACUCUCACCUGUGCAGUACAGUCGCUACAAACCACUCUCGCCCCAAAUCUUCCUCUCGCUUAGUACUCUGCAGACCGGCAUAGCGGGCACGGUCCAGCGUGUAUGUGGUGCGCAAGAAGCCGUGUUACAAUCUGCGUCGUACUCAAUUGACGACCAGGCGAGACUAAGCAAUGUAAAGCUUCACUUGAACUCAAGAAUGAAAUGAAUCGCAUUUCUUAAGGGAAGUAUGAAUGUUCGUGUUGGCUUGAUUUGGAUUAGCUCAGUUAGCAAUCGAUUAACAGUUGCUCGUUCGGAGACUGAGAUUUAUUCCUGCACUCGGUGCGAUGUGUCCGUGCCGGUUUGAUUGAAAAUGUUGGGCAACGAUUAAUGCGGCGUGGUCAUGACAGGCUAAUGGCGGCAGCUCGUGUGUAUUAUUGUAUCGAACUUGCAUUAAAACAGCGUUUAUAAUGGACACUAGUAAGUUCGAAGCGAGCCUGAUGUUACAACAGCGUUUUAGAAAUAGACACUAGUAGGUUAGUCGGCUGUGUCACACUAGGAGAAAUGGAUCCGCCAUAUUGUUUAGAAAAUGACACUGAUAUGUGCUUCUCCUGCGCCGUACUGGGCCAGGAGAAUUCGCUCAAGCGCAAAAAGUGCAUCUCUAUUCUGAAUAAGUCUCAAAAUUUCGAAAAAUCUGAAUGCAUGUAGGUAUACAUUCUGGAAUCACGCAUUGCGGGGCCGUCACUUACGCCGCUAAUUUUGCGUGGUGGCUCCGUGCAAACUGGUCAGUCUACGCUCGACUCGAUAUAUCGCGUGUAAUACGUGCUCAGGUUCAAGCGCACUGAGAGGGUUAGAGUGCACUGCUAGGGUUAAAGUGCAAUACAAGGGUUAAUGUGCACUGCUCUAGUGUCAUAUUUGUAAGAGUUAACCUAGCUUAGUGCGGUGUAGAUUUAGGAAUCGUACGCCCAUUGGACAAAAACUUUGAUAUUCCAGAGUUUAUUCGUCCAGUCUGCAUUCACUGCCAUUAGCUCCCUAAGAUGUAAUGUAUCACGUCUCCUUCACGCCUCAGCUUCCCAUGCCAGUUAGCAUCUCCACAUUUACGCUCUUAUCCCAUUUUCGGAGCGUGCUAAUGCAAGCUCUGUCCUGUACACUAGUGAUUUGCUCUACCCAUUCUUCUAUCUACGUUUCCGUGAAGUGAUAAGAUAUAAUUACCUAACACUAACAACAUAUGUGAAUUGACGUAAUGUGAGCGCGAUGCAUCUAUGCUUUCAUAGCUAAAGCCGUGAUGCGCUCAUGGUGAGAUGAUGCUUCAUACGAAUGAAAUGAAGUUUUGGUACAUAAAAGUGAUGUAUUUACGGUGUCAAGUGAUGCUAUUUGGAAGUUCAUGUAGCGAUGUUGUGGUAGAGUUUUUACGAUAACGCGAUUCUAUCAGACCGUCGUGUUAACUUGGGUUUUCGUGGAGGCAUGAUUAAUAUGAUCCUCGAUAAGGUAUUCACGAAUUUUAUUGAAAACUUCAGGUGGGGAGAUCGUGGAGCUUAACACGUGUUCGUGCCUGUGCUGCUUUUUGCCAGAAGACCUGGCAAAUAAUCCAAGUCUUUUGAUCGAGGGGCCUUUUUUCAACUUUCUUCGUCGGAAACGGAAUGACGUUUCCAAUUCACGUGUAUUUUUCAUCAUGAAGUUUUUUCUAAAUUGAAUCUUGAUGCGUUGGAAGUAUGAUGAUAUUCUGGGCGAAUUUUGUCAUCUUUUCUCAGAAGUUUGAAUACAAAUUUUCUUGCGGUUUUUGAACUGUUUGAGGCUCCGAUACAAAAGAGUCUAAAUGUUAUUGUGCAAGCGCUUGCUCCUUAAGACCUUGCGAGCUGAAGUUACGUAUUGUACCGGCUUUUAUUAAACCAUUGAACGCCAUUCAUCUGCUGUAGAACUACAAUUUACCUAAUUGUAAUUGUAAUCUUAUUCGUUGUAAUUGGUCGGGUAAGGAUUUUCAAUUAGUGGACACUAUCUUAUUCUAAAUUAUAAGGCGAAAAAAAAACACAAAAAUAUUGUUGGUAAAUUUUUGUUCGCAUUUAAGGGUAUUAUUAAAUCUGAAGCUUAUCUUGAUAAUCCAGCUGGAGACGCUCAGAUGGUCCAGCUGUUGCUGCAGUGCUGGUCCAGCUGUUGCAGCAGUGCUGGUCCAGCUGUUGCUGCAGUGCUGGUCCAGCAAUGAAAGCUGCUGAUUUUCUCGUUGGCUAAGCACGUUCUAAAAUAAGAUAUGUAAUAGCUUAACGCUAAUUGGUGUGACCUAACCUAAAUUAGAGGAGUUUUUAUGCUUUGUUAGUUCUGUUGAUUUCAGAAAUGCGAUUAUUGGACAUAAUUCUAAAUACUAAUCAUUAAUACUUAACAUUUAUCAAUCAUCUACUUCAUGUACGAAUGUUCAUAAAUUUCUUGAUUUCUUACGUCGAAUGCGUGUGCGGUUAUUGCCUGACGUGCUAUUAAUUUAUUUAACUACUUCACAAAGAUAUCAGUUGAUCUUAAACAACAAGAGCGACAAGCGACUUGACAUGCGGUAGCGACACACGGACGCUUUGUAGCGUGCUUCGGGACGCUGUGCGAUUUGCCGUGCGUGAAUCGCUGUGCAGUGUGCCGUGCGUGAAUCGCUGUGCGAUUUGCCGUGCGUGAAUCGCUGUGCGAUUUGCCGUGUGUGAAUCACUGUGCUGUGUGCCGUGCGUGAAUGCUAUGGCAUAAAUGUCAGAGAUGUUGGACUCCUGUGCUUAUUGACGGUAUCUUGUAUACUUGCAGUGCUGCUCUGUGCCGGCAGCACAGCGUCCACACAGCAUCCAUUGUCACAGCACACAGGGACCACUCACGCUUCACACGCAUGCACCACACGCAAACACACCACACACGCGCACCACAUCCGCAUGAAUUGAACAGAUAUGAUGUGAUCACUUCAUUGUUAGGUUUGUUUGAUUUAUAACGAGCGUCGUUUUGCUGCUAAUAUUGCUUGCUUUGAGUUAAAUAGAGGGUAAUAUUGAUUAUAUAUUGAUUCACAUUUACGAUCAUUGUGGAGCGACACGAGGCGUGCUUUUCGUGCUCUCGUAUGUUGAGUGAUUGCGUAAUGCAAUUAAUGCGUCAGUACCGCCUCAAUGCCGAGUACUAUUAUAACCUUCAUCGUUGAUAUCAUCUACAUUGUUAUCAUUUCUGUAACAACCAUUCUUACCGACACGAUGAUCGCGCGGGAUAGUGUGUAACGUGACAUGGUCAUGAUGACGUCAAGUCACUGCGGUGACGUGCCUUGCAUAUACACGUCUGAAUGACGAUAGCUUUGCUGUGAUACUCUGCACGAGCGUCUCUUCAUGUAUUGUUUAUACAUAUGUAUUAUAUACAUCAAUCUAUGUGUAUAUGUGCUUUUAUAUGUAUGAAGGAAUUACAAUGUAUUUACAUUUCUAUAUGCCUUCACUUGUGAACGGGAUUCCCUACGCUACUUGUUUUGAAAGAGGAUCAUACAUUCCUGGACAUCAAUGGGAUGUAGUUGUGGGCCAUGGAACGAAUCUUUAUUAAUGAAGAGAUACGUUUCAUUACAUUUUUCCAUGUUUACAAUAUCUACCUUUAAUAUCAUUGUUCAUUUACAUCAGAGCCUGGGCCCAGAUUAUCUAAGCUAUUCACGGUGGUCAUAUGCCCGGGUUCUCGCUGCCUGAGUGCGAUGUCGUCAAACUCGUAGAAAUGAUCUUUGAGAAUCCGGCCUGGUGUUCAUCUUACAGAGACCAGGCAUUGAUGUAACGUUUGUUUAUAUCCACACUUGAAUUUUACUUUGUAAAUUGCGAAUAUAUUGGAGAAUCUGCAGAACUGGAGCUGUGCUCGUUGUGCGUUGCUUCCGCCCUGUGUUAAUUAAAGAGUUCAGUUUUUUUGCACACCUGCUGCAGCGCAAUAUCGAUCAUAAUCGAAAUAUAGUCAAUUUCAAGCGUAGUUUGAAAUUUUUCUAACAGUUACAACAGUUUUUCCCUAACCGUUACAUCGACAAUGCCAUCGGCCACUUCAGGAUAGCAACAUUGUAGAGACGCUCGUGCAAGCAGCUUACAUAGGCUGCGUCUGUGUCAUCUUAAGAUCUAGCGCACUGUGAUCAACAACAAUGUACAUACAGCGUUCUUUUGAUACUUCCACGAGCAGCUGCUUUGUAUAUAACCAACGAAUCUUUUAUAUAACAACACGCUUAGCGGAUGUAUCUUAUUUAUAAAUGCGUAGUGUAUCUUUUAUUAGGGUUGUUCUGUAAUAUCCUGUUUGAACGUUAGUUGGUGCCUGAAAUGUCCAGUGAAUCGUACGCGCUUCAUUUACAUCUAGUGUGAAGUUGGCUCAACGUAAAAUCGCGUGCUUCACUCGAUUUUAUCGUGUUAGUUUCGGGUCUUGAUGAGGUUUUUUGGGUUCUGCGCUUCUGCUGACAAUCUUUUAGGCUCAUUCGGUUCUGAAGUUCAAGGUCUUUAUCCUAGUUGGAAGAUAACGUUUUGGGGAGAUUGCCGUCACACAUCUGAUUAAGGCAUGCUCGUGACUAACUGGUAACACGCAGUGAUUAUCUUUAAUUUGUAUUCUAUCUCUCAGUUUAAGAAAACUAACUUGCUAUUAACGAUAACACACUUGGUCCAAAUUUAAUACCUCUGGCAGUUACUUUAGAUACUUUUUCAGAGCAUGCAUUCCGUUCUUCUUUACAGUAUUUUUUCCUUUCAUUUAAUCUUUUGACUAAAUGGAAACCUGGUGUGCAAUAGUAAAUCUUUUGACUUGCAGUAUCUGCCGGUAAGGAGGUGAUUUCUUCGAAGAUUCAUUUCACGUUAAGAUUAAACUCGUCGAACUCUGAAUUGAUUUGUGCUUGUAACUCCGUUGUCAAACGAGUCUUUUUUGCUCUCCUUUGUUAUUCAAUAGUUAUUAUCCUGUAUUUCGCCACGAGUAUUAUAUAUUUCGCGUCUAAGCAUCUAAUAUUAGUGAACCGUCCUGGUAAAAUCUACCUAAUAUUUGAUAUUCUUUUUGUUUGUAUUGUGUAUACAAUAUUUAAAUGUGCAUAAGAAGCUUAUGGUAAUCUUUUUUUACUAAUCGAUAUUCGGCAUGAGACCCACUUCCAACAUUGUCUUCAACAACAUCAUCCAGUAUCCAUGCUUGGAGUUGUCAUUACGUCAAAAUAUCGAUAGUGUUGACAAUUUACAGGGAAUGUCAGUUUCCCGGCAUACCACUUUUCAUUGGUCGCUUGUAAAAAAAGUUUUACCUUAUCGUAGUUUUGUCGUCGUGAUUGUUGGUCUUUUUUGCCAGUAAAUUUCGGUCUCUUGCUCUCCUGCAACAUCACGCUUCUAUCAAAUUAAGAUAACUAUUUACAUGAUCAUCGCUGGUGCCAGCACAUGCCAUCGAGACGGCAUACAUGCGUCGAUUCUUAUAAACGAGUACGAUGAUCGUGAAUUAUACGGCGGUUGUAAAUUUACUGUUCACAAAUGCGAUAUCCGGUCAGUACAGAUCUUAAUUAAUAAUGUAAACCGAACCAUAUUAACCAUUGAGUAAAAAGCCGAACCUCUCGAUUGUCAUUGUGAGGAUCAUCGAAAUUUACGACCAUCGUAUAGCCUGAUAUUGCAUUAGGAUUUACGGGGGAAUAUGGUAACAUGAGCGUAGUUGAAGGUGCAGUAUAUUACGCAGGUCAUUCCAGCAUUUCAUGUUUUGAGGUUAUUUUCGUCUGCAUGGAUGAUAUCUCUCGACCUGUGAUUCACUGACUAGAAACAGGAAAACUAAUUUAACUUUCCGGCAAAUAUCUCCGAGUAAUGUUUUCUUGCUUGCACUAUGACGUGAAAAGCGUUUAGGAAUUUGCUUAUUGGAUCUAUGGAAGUAUUUAAAUAAUUUUUCGCAUAUUUUUGUCCAAAUUAUUAAGAAUGUGGCCAAUAAACUAACUAACUACCACUCUCUCCUAUUGCAGCGACUUGCAUGCGUUCAAAUGAGCAAUGUCGCAACUUUAUUCAUCUCCACAAAGUCUGUUCAGCGCCUGCGUGACGUCGUACUGACAAGCAAUGUGCACGCUGUGACCACUUCUCUUAGCUGUACUUUACUAGUGCGUAUCUUAUAAAAGCACAUUAAGGAUUGAUCCGUUUUCGGUAUAAGUGGUGUUUUGCAAUGUGUGAAAGAUUCAGUUCAUAAAAUUUUCGUUAAAA